CAAGUGUGUCCAGUCGUUGGAACUACAACCAAUGUUCUCCCUCCUCAUCACCCGGAAAUCAAGUCUGACCCAGAAGCUCGCUGUCCGGUGACGAACGCAAAGGUCGACCACCACGAGAACAUUAUCCAUAACCACCCAUCCGCUCCCCAUGUCCCGUCCUCCGAUAAAGAAGCUAUGGAUGCUUCCCAAUGCCCUGCUUUGAAGGAAGCGAAUACGCAAGAGAGCGUUACAGAUGCUACUUGCCCUGUCGUUGGGCCAGUAAAUGCACAUCUCCCUCCAGCUCACCCUGCGUUGACUGAGAAGGAAGCUGGUGCUGUGUGCCCAGUCACAAAUGCAAAGUUGGAACACCAUAAGGGCAAGGUGCACGCACACCCGAGCGUACCCGAUGAUGCGCCAGCAGCGAAGUGUCCUGUUGCUGGA